UUGAUCAACGUUUUCUAUUUUUCUUUCCCUUUUUUUAUAAAAAAAAAUACAAAUGGCUUCUCGUGCUUUUACUACUGCUCUUCGUUCCGUUGCCCGUGCUUCUUCUCGUUCUUUGGUUAGACCCAUGACAAUGAUGACAGCCCGUUUAGCUGUCAAACCUAUCAUGACUACUCAAGUUCGUGGUAUGAAGACGUUGGACUUUGGUGGAACAAAAGAAACUGUCUAUGAACGAUCCGAUGUCCCCAAGGAAAAGCUGCUCGAAACAUUCAAGAACGACACGAUCGCCGUUCUCGGUUAUGGUCCUCAAGGUCGUGGUCAAGCCUUAAACUUGCGUGACAAUGGUGUCAAUGUGAUCAUUGGUCAACGUGAAGGCAAGACUUACCAACAAGCUAUUGAUGAAGGUUGGGUUCCCGGUAAGAACUUGUUCCCUGUCCUUGAUGCUGUCGAAAAGGGUACCGUUGUCAUGAACCUCUUGUCUGAUGCUUACCAAACUGAAAUCUGGCCUCAAAUGAAGCCCUUGUUGACUCCUGGUAAGACUCUUUACUUCUCUCAUGGUUUCUCUAUCGUCUAUAAGGAUCAAACAAAGAUUGUUCCUCCUAAAGAUAUUGAUGUUAUCCUUGUUGCUCCCAAGGGUUCUGGAUUCACCGUCCGUCGUCUGUUCCAAGAAGGUCGUGGUAUUAACUCAUCCUUCGCUGUCUACCAAGAUGCCAGUGGUAAGGCCAAAGAAAGAACUGUUGCCUUGGGUAUCGGUAUCGGUUCCGGUUAUAUGUACGAAACCACAUUCGAAAAGGAAGUCUACUCUGACUUGUUUGGUGAACGUGGUGUCUUGAUGGGUGCCAUCCAAGGUUUAUUCCAAGCUCAAUAUGAAGUCUUGAGAGCCAAUGGCCACUCUCCCUCUGAAGCAUUCAACGAAACUGUCGAAGAAGCCACUCAAUCUCUCUACCCUUUGAUCGGUGAACGUGGUAUGGAUUGGAUGUACUCCAACUGCUCUACAACUGCCAUGCGUGGUGCUCUUGACUGGUGGAGACCCUUCCACGAUGCCUCCAAGCCUGUGUUUGAACAACUCUAUGAAUCCGUUCGUAAUGGCUCAGAAACUGCUCGUUCCCUCGAAAAGAACUCUCAACCUGAUUAUCGUGAAAAGUUAGAAGAAGAACUCCGUGAGAUUCGUGAAUCUGAAAUCUGGAGAACUGGCAAGACCGUUCGUCAGCUUCGUCCUGAAAAUGUCAGCAAGGAUUAAAUUUGUAAAGUUGUAUUUUGAAAUAUAGAUUAUUUCUGGAUUCCCCCUCUUCAAUUUGUAAAAUAAAAAAGCGAAUUUCUCAGUUAUAAAAUGACCGAACUGUGUGUCUUUUUU